GUGCCGCGCCGCCGGCCCUCCCCCCCCGCAGCAGCAGCAGCAGCAGCAGCAGCAGCGGGAGCCUGGCGCCGGCUCCAAGCGCCGUUUCGCCGCGCGCUCCCGCGCCGCUGCCGCCCCGCAGCAGCAGCAGCAGCAGCAGCAGCAGCAGCAGCAGCAGGCGGCUGUCGGUGUCUGCUGCUGCAGUGAACUUCGCGACGCAAGUGGCCACCAGCGAGGAAAUCCGGCAGCUAAUGCGGCAGUGGACUGGGAUGAUGGGGGAACUCUUCAGGGGUCCAGACACCCUAGAGUCCACGCUGCCUUAUUACUGGAAGCUGCCAGAGUGUGUCUUGACAGUGGACUUUGCUGCUGCAGCAGACGCAGCAGCAUUUGAUGCAGCAAAGGUGCAGCUGGCUUAUUCGGGGGAGUACAACGCGCUGCUGCUGCAGUUCGUGGAGGAAGCAGCAGAGUGGUUUCAAGUCCUCAAGAGGCCGACUCCCCGAUCCCAGCUCCUGCACCUCCCGGUGGAGUGCACUGUGGGGCCCCACACUUCCUUUGCUGCUUACUGUGGGGCCCCACAGGGGCGCUGUUUGCUGCUGCGGCUGGACGUGCAGCUGCAGCGGAUCGCAGCGCAGCAGCUGCAGCGGCUGCUGCCGCUGCCGCUGCGCAGCUUCCUGCUGCUGCUGCAGCAGCAGGGCUUUCUCUACUUCGACUUGUGGGACGUUUUGGAAAGCCCCACGACCCCCGGAAGACUCCUUUUUGACUACUUGCAUUGCAUUUUGCAUGCAAGAGUUGCUGCCAAGAGUUUGGAAACUCUUUUUAUCUUUUUUAAUCCUCAAGAUCAUUCUUUAAGAAUAGACGCGCAGCAAAAAGACAACUCCUGGUUCCGCAGAAAAGUCAUUUUGCCCCUCGGCUGCGGCGGCAGCAGCAGCGCCGACUUCGCCGCUGCGGUGUACGUACACCCCGACGGCCACACCAAAGUCCUCGUCAAGGCGCAGCAGCGCAGCAGCACCGACCGCAACAAAGAGCAGCUCGGCAGCAUUCAGCAAAUCCCCAACUCCAAAGUUGUGAGGCCCUCCAAGGCCCUCAAGUUCGGAGAACACGACCCCAAGGACCUCUUUGCCCACGACGACUACAUUCCCCUCGAAACCAUGAUCGUGGGGCACCCCUUUUAG